CAGGAAGCGUGUGUGGCCGGCGGGGGCUGCUGGAGCCGCGGCCUGAACGGAACUCAGGGUUCUUCUCUCCCUCAUUUUCUCCUUACAACAUUCCUGCGAGUACAGAGCUUGAAGAUGAAAUUGGAAGACCAGGGAGGAGGGAAGCAUACUAAAGCAUGGAGGAACAGAAUUCAUGACUGAUUCUGAAGAGCCAGAAAAUGUCAAGACCCUUAACCCACUUUGAUUGUCUUUGAAAGUGUGCUGUAUUCCAAGGGCAUUGGACGCCAUGACUGUCACUCUAGUAUGUGAUCCUUCGGAAGCUAUGGAGCUCUGUGCCUCUCAGCAACUCUAUCUUAAGCCAAUAGCAAAAUUAACAAUCAGUGUGGUGCUUCCAGAACACACCGGAUCUACCCGGGCAUUCUCUAAAUGGGAAGUGAUGGACAAGCUGAAGAAUAUGAUUUGUCCAGACCAGUUCACCAGUGUUAAGGUUUCAAAAAGAACAAAAGGUUUCAUUCGGUUUGAGGGAGAGGCAGAAACCAAGCAUUUGGUAUGUAGCCUUAAGGAAAAGCUCCAUGGCAAGAUGAUAAAACUGAAUGGUUUUAAAGAUGACUUGCAAGUGGUUGCUACAGAGGCAUCUCCUGAUUUACCAACUCCUCAGGAGUCGGAAGCCAUUCUGACUGAUAGAGAAAUGAUGGAGGAAGAUCUUGCUGAGCAAAGCAGUGAUGUGCUCAAUUGCAUCCAUUUGGAAGGAUUGCCGUGCAAAUGGUUUGCCCUAAGAGGCUCAGGUAGUGAAACACCAAGCGAAGAUAUCUUGAGAGCAGUGUUUGAAAGUUUUGGAAAGAUCAAGAACGUAGAUAUUCCCAUGCUUGAUCCUUAUAGGCAAGAAAUGGUGGGAGGAAACAUGAAUAAUUUCAUUUUUCGUGGCCUGCGAACAUUUGAAGCUUAUGUCCAGUACCAGGAGUCCACAGCUUUUGCAAAAGCUAUGGAGACACUUAAGGGAAUGAAGCUGAUGUUUAAAGGGGAUGAUGGAAAAGCUCUGGCAUGUAAUAUUAAGGUAUCGGCUGAUACUACCAAUCAUUUCAGUGAGAGUGCUAUAAACCAGAGGAACCUGGAACGAUUAACCCUGCAAGGGCUAGAGCGAGAGAGGAAGAGGGAGGAAAACAGAGGGAAAAGAGGUACUGAAAGAAAAAGACGUGAUGAUGGUGGUGAUGAAAAAAAGGUUGGAGAAGGAAAGAGGAAGUCUAAGAUCAAGAGACGAGAGAAAAGACAGAUAGAUCGGGAUGAAAAACGCCCAAGAAAGCAACAGAAGGUAACAGCUGAAGAAGAGCUGUGGCCAGAGAAUAUGCCUGAAUGGGAAGAGAGGAAAUACCUCCUAGCUCAGAGAAGAGUGGAGUCAAUCAGGCUGCUUACAGUGCUGUUAAACCAAAUAAAAGAUUUUGUGCUAUCAUCCAGGCAAAUAAGGGAGCCUCUGUUGGAGAGUGAAAAUGAAAGGGAGGAUUGCUUUCCUUCACCUGAGAUACAAAAUGUGCUAAAAGAGAAGUCCAGCUCUGGUAGUCUUGGGUGCAAAGAAGUAAAGGAUGAGAGAGAGCCCCCUCAUCAGUUAGCCCGAUUAGAUAAUGCCUAUAUUGAGGAGGAGGAGGAGGAACAAUAUGUUCCAGUUGGCUUGCCUGGAUCACCUUGUCACCUUGUGAGGACUGUUCUGAAUGAGCCAGCUGCAAGACCAGUUAGUAGACGCUUAACGGAAAAGGCUACAGACUGCUAUCAGGACUGUGGCUUGUUGCAAGUUACAGUCACUCAAGACUGCAAAGUCAAAAAAUCUCCUGCCCGGGAGGACUGUCAAAGCCUGGACUUGGGGUGCUCCUCCAGAGUCUCUAGUGCAGGAAACUGCAAGAAGCAAAAGGUUUAUGAAACAGAGGAAUUCAUACACUAUUUACUAAACUACUACCAAACCCCAAGAUAUGCACGAAUUUGUCCGGUGACACACAACACAGGGACUGAGUCCUGGUGGCAGAGGGUGGUGUCCCAUAAUGGGAAUGACUUCCAGGUCAGCCUGAAAAACAAAGAUGGGCAGUGUCUUACAGAAGUGAGUUUUGUACCAGACCUCCGUGAGAGAGACUUUCGAGACACUGAUAGUUACGUGUGGGAAAUAGCAGAUGAGGAACCUGAGCCGAGAGAGGUUGUGCCCAAAAGUCAGGCCCGUUCUAGAGAGUUCACCAAUCAAUGUCUGGUGUGGUGCAGGGAUUCACUGGGUGAAGUCAGUCAUAGACUACCAUGUGAUGAACUGAAUAGUCCUUUUCUAGUAAGCACCAGUACUAAUUGUGAUAACAGAUCCGAAGAAGAGAAUACGGGAAUGAAAGUUUUACCACCUAUGAAGCCAUUUGGCCAUAUUUAUAAAUUGAAGGAUUUACUGGAAGAGAUCAGUAGUGAUUCUGAAUAUUUUAGUGAGGCUUUUGAUGAGUCACAAAGCAAAAUGGAGAGAAGGAAUGGGGGCUGCAGAAGUGGCUGCAAGGCCUGGCCUCUCAGCCAGGAAAGAGCAAGAGAAUUGCUGAUUUGUGUCCAAAAUGGUGAUUGCAGCAAACGCAGUUUUUGUACAAACUCCGAGUGCUUUGACUUGACAAAGCAUCCCAAGCAAAGGCUUAAGACAACAUUCAAGAGAUCCAGCAGUAAAUUAAGACAUGAAGGGCAAAAAGUCAAGUGCUCAUCCAGUGAAGAGGAGCAAGCCAGCAGGAAGAAGAGAAAGAAGAAAAGAUCCUCUGAUAACUGUUUGCGUGACAAUGAGCCCCGAUUCCUUGAAGCAAACCAUUGUGGAGAGCUGGAGUCCCUCAGCAAGAUACAGAGAAAAUGUAGCAAGGUUUUACACCACAGUAUGAAAUGUAAAACACUCCACGCCAUGGCAGAAGAGGUAAAAGCAAGAGAUGUCGUUCAUUUGAGUGACUCUCAGCUUCGAGAACCCCGCCAACAGGCAGGUAAGGGGAAAGCAGGCAUCAAUUCUGAUGAAUGGCCUUUGUUUCCUGUUGAAAUAGUUCAGACAAAUCAAUACCCUGACUCUUUCCGUGGAGCAGAACUUGGAAGAAGAUGCUAAUUUCACCAGUUUUGGAGGACAGUGGGGAUCUUGAAACUGUUGAACGUGGAAGAUCAAGAUGGGUCCUUUUUAUACAACUUUUUGAAAACUUAACUGUAAAGCUAGACAUACAGUGAUAGAGGUGUUUGCUUGGGCCCCUUUGUUUGCAUGCUGGGAAAGCUAGGAUAGCUUUAACAACCUGCUUGGUAAAAUAGGUGGCAAAAUCAGUCUCCGUGAUUUUGAUGGCUACAACGAAGGACCAAAAACAUGUUACUGAAGUGCAUGAUGUAAGCCAUUUUGAAGAAUUUUCUAGAGGUUUGGACUGAGCAAAAUGAACAGUCCCCGCUGAGUUUAUGAAAAAACGUGGAAUCUGUGGGUUCUGCUCUGUUUUCACUGUACAGUUAGAGGAGUUUUGCAUAAGCUAAUUGUAUGCCAGUUGAGUAAACUUUAACUUAAAAGAUUCAAGGAAGUUCUGCCUUAGCAAGAGGAAGGGGCUGAUGGUGCAAGAGAAAAAAACACAUAGUGGCCAAGACAGAAAAGGAACAUAUUUAUAACUAACUGCACACUUUGCCAUUUGAGACACACGUUGGGUUGGGUAGUAUAUGACUUUCGCAAGAUGUUGUUUGUUGGUGCAGCUCUGUUAUUGCCAGCCUCCACUGGGGUUUUAUGAAUACAGUGUAUGACUAGGCCCAAAUAGUUACCAUGGUUCCAAGGCUGUGCUCCCCUGUUACUCCACCUAAGUCUGUUGCCCCUUGGUGUAGAGCUAAGUCAUUGUCCAGAUGGGUUUUUUUUGCUGCAACUUAAUAGAGCUUGUCUGCAAUCACAGUUGGUAUAUGUUCUGUUUGUUGAAAACCAGUGAGAGCCAUGCCAGUUUGCCAAAAGAUUUCCAUGCUUAAUUGGUUCACAAAUGUCAUAGAAUGGAUUACUCCUCCUCCAAUUAGCUUGAAAAAAUUGGAGGAACUCCAGAUCUUGACAGGCUAGUGACAUUUUGCUCUGCUUCUGUUGGGUUUAAUAGUUCUGGAAUGCUGAAUGGGGAAUGGUCUGAACAAACCUUUGAACACCAGGAGGGGGGUUGAAAUCUUCUUUAGUGCUGGUUGGUAUUUUAACCUUCAAGUAAGUGACCUUCUGAAUUAUAACUAGAUUGUCUGAGCUACAGAAUUUCUUAUUCAGUUAUUGUUUAACAUUUGUAUGAAAACCUGGAAAGAGGUAUGAUGAUGCUGAUACAAUCCAUGGCUAUAAUUUGCAAAUAACCUGACUACAGUAGGACUACUCAGCAGUAGGUAGUACUGAAACCCACAAGCAAUGCUAUUCAUUAUCUUACCAAAUGGCCAACAGUGCUGUGGAAUACUAUUCCAUAUGGAGAGGGGAACGUCAACAUAUUUUAGUUAAAUUUUAAAAACUGUAUGGUGUCUGCUUUCAUUUUAACAUGCUUUAUUUAUUACAUGUCACAGUAACUUUCACAAUACACAUUCCCUAGCAUACCAUCCAUGUUUGUUAACUUCUGCUCUAAUAAAGUAGUAAUGAACUACGGUAUGCAGGCAGUCUCUGUGUUUAAUGUUAAAAGUUGGUUAGUGGCGAACAUUUCCAAGCGUCUCCAAGCCCACUCCUGUGAAUGCUUUUUCCCAAUGUAGCAAGCAAAGUGUUUUGAUCUGAAAAUAACACUCCUUUUUUUGCACUUGGUUGCUAUUUGUUCUGGAAUUUUUAAAAGUUUGCUUAGAUGUGUUUUAUAGGAAAACCCAUUCCACAGCUCCAGCAAUAUAUGUCACCAACGUUCAGUGUUCACAGGAACAAAAAUCCCUUUCCUGUGGGCCUUCUUGUAUUUUUUUUAAACCAGUUUGUGCAUGUGUGCAUAUAUGUAUCUCCUCAAAAUGUUCAUACUUAAAGGAACCGUGGAGAGCCUUGCAUUCAUUUCAUAGCAGUAAACAAGAAAUGCAGUGCUGGGAAAAUGCUAUAGCCCUACUCUAUGAAAAGCAUGCGAACUUUGACCCUCUGGAAUAUGGAUUCAGACCUAAUGGGGUUUGUUUAUAGCAGUUCAUGGCAUCAGUGUAAUGCUGCAACCCAUGUUCUGCAUCACAAGGUAAAUAUGGGAAUGAUGGUUUUUUUUCUCCUAGUGUGAAGGGACCCAAGUGGGAGGGGAAUGCACUUCAAGUAAACCCCAAGCCUUGGAAAAAACCAGAACCAUACUAAAUCUAUGGAAAUGCAACACACUUUGUUUGGAACUGAGUUUUUCCUCUUUAAAUAAAAACCUGACAAUGGAAUGGAAUGAAUUUUCUACACCUCACUCAGAUAUUAUUAAUGUUGCAAGCAUACAAAAGCUAUUUGUUGCCUCUUAAAGAGAUGCUUAUGAUAAAUUUGUCGUGCCUGUCAGUAUCCGAUUAAUUAAAAAAAGAACCCAUUGAUUCACUGGCCCUUGAUGGUACAUGAGAAGGAAAAGGGAGUGGGACUAGGGCCCAUUCAUUUCUCCCUCACCCCCUUCACUAAUGGAAUAAUGAAACAGGAAGAUCUCAUAUUUACAGACAUGAAAUUUCCCUACUUAAUUUCCUCGCUUCUCCUCUGAGGAGCGGUGUAGAGAGCACACAAAUGAGCCUCUUCUUUCCCAAGGUCCAAGGCAGGGGUAAAGUAAAUAGAUAAGAGCUGACAAUUUAUUUGGGGAAAACCCCAGUGAUUUAGGAAUAUGAAUUUCUCUCAUUAAAUGUCUUGAUCUUUUCCCCAGGCUUUCUGUUUUUGAACAACUUAUGCAUAAGGACUGGCAGCGUAAGUUUAAAAUAAAACAAAUUGGUCAAAUUCACAUGAAUAGAUUUGUGAAAACAACUAUGGAUGUUUCUAGUAAGCUUUCUCAAUUUUGAAAAGCCA